AUGGUGAUCGCGAUCACCAAGUAUUUCGACUGGCCACUGGCCCAACUCGAUGUGGUGACAGCCUUUCUCUAUGGAGUGAUGAAGGAGAAGGUGUACUGCGUGAUACCAGAAGGCGUCGAGAUGGAUGGCGACUUCGACUGUCUCGAGUUGGUGAAGGCGAUCUACGGUCUCAAGCAAGCUUCACGUGUGUGGAACGAGACUUUCGACGAGUUCGUAUGCUCUAUCGAUUUCGAAGCGUCGGCGUUCGACCCAUGUCUCUACAUCAAGGUUGUCGACGGUCACUGUGUGCUCGUGCUGGUCUACGUGGAUGACGUGUUGGUCACCGGCAGCUCGCUCGAGUUGAUUGCGCAGACGAAGGCCGACCUCAAGACGCGUUUCGAGAUGACCGACAGUGGCAAGUGUACUUUUGUACUGGGCAUCGAACUGGUGGACGAAUCGGAUGGCAGCGUGACGAUGUGCCAGCGACGGUAUGUCAACGACAUCCUCAAGCGCUUCGGCAUGGAUGAGUGCAAGGCCAAAGCAAAUCCGGUCGAUUUGAGCACUCGGCUUGUCGCAAGCAGCGAAGCGGCCAAGAUCGACGUUCCGUUUCGUGAAGCUGUGGGAGCUUUGAUGCACUUGACGACUGCGACGCGCCCGGACAUUGCGUAUGCUGUGGGGUACGUCUCGCGCUUCAUGGAGAAUCCGCAGCAAGAACAUUGGACGGCGGUGAAGCGCAUCUUUCGUUACUUGCAAGGGACCAAGUCGCACGGACUCCGCUUCCAGCCAAGCGACAAGAUCGACUUUCGUGGCUACUCGGACGCGGACUGGGCCGGUGACCACGCUGAUCGCAAGUCGACUUCGGGUUACACUUUCAUGCUGAUGGGUGCUCCUGUGAGUUGGGGAAGCAAGAAGCAGUCAAGUGUGUCGCUGUCGAUGAGUGAAGCGGAAUACAUCGCACUGAGUCUGGCCAUCCAGGAAGGCAAGUGGGUGCAUCGCCUGCUAUGCGAGAUUUUGGCGGCCGCAAACGAACCAGGACUGGACCUCGUCAUCCGUGAUAACAACCAGUCGUGCAUCAAGAUGACGAAGAAUCCGGUGAAUCAUGGCCGCGCCAAGCACAUCGACAUCAAGUACCAUCACAUCCGUGAUGAGGUCAAGCGCGGUGAAGUGCAGCUCGAGUAUUGCGAGACUUCCGUGAUGAUGGCGGACAUCAUGACCAAGGGACUUUUGGGACCUCGUCACAAGGACUUGACGACGGCUCUCGGCAUUCGUGCGAGUUCGGAUUGA